AUGAACGUCUCGGCUUCUCCCUCUGGCUCGCAGCCUUUCAUCAAGAGACCUACUCUAAGUCCCGCAUUCAAGAAGCCUAGCAGAUGGUAUCUCCCGCUCAUGGGCGCCAUAGCUCUCGGCUUCGGAGUCGCCAACUACUACGAGAACCAAGCCCGCCAGCCCCAGUUCGAUCGUGAAGAAGAAGAACGCCUCCGAAAGAACCGGGCACUGAUGGAUGCUUAUGGCGACAAAGAAACAGUCCAGGAUAUCGAACGGGCGCUGGUCGUCUACGACCUCCAGUAAUCAUCCUUGGUGGAAGGAACAACAUUGCAUUACAAUCGGGCACACUUAGCGUGGAAUAUGGUUACGGCUUUCAUGAAUGAUGGCGCCUAUGGAGUUUGGGUUUCAUUUACUCUCCGGAAGAGAUGAGGCAUGAUUUGUGGUUUCGGGAUUAUGAAUUUGACCGGGCAUUAACUUGCUGGUUUAGUUUUCGCGGAUUAGCAUUGAAAUGAGAAGCAAGCUGGUUAUUGCACUUAUGCUAUUUAUCUUUUACAAAUGAGUGGAUUUACCGACCGAGUCGGAAUUUCUAAGAAAAUGCUGUAUCGUACCUCCCUACUGCACUGGCGACUCAAUUUUGAGACCACCAACCUAUCAUUACCCCAUACCCGCCACCGGAAGCGGGGAGAGACGUUCUGCAGCUCAACAGCCAAUCACAGACUCACACAUCCAAUCCCGCACUGCAUGAUGCUGAUCACGAGACUCGGAUCCUUUCGCAAAGAAGUUAGACUACUCCGUAC